UGAUCCACGCAUGCUCGUUCAAUCUCCACUCUGAUUGGACCGCGUGUGUCCCGGAAGUCUGUGCGGUUUUGAAGACGGGUCGGCGGAGGCUGGAGAGUUAUUAAAACCGCAGAAUUAAUAUUUAAUUAACAGUGUAUUACAUUUAGAAAUAAUAACAGCUCUUGACAUAGCACCGGGUAUUUAAUUACAAUAGGUAAAGCCAGCGAGGAUCAAGAGAUACGUUAACCUGCCACUAUAAAGAAGGCACUGACCCGCCCACUCUGCGCUUGUGCCUGGUUCUCCCAGUGAUUCUGCGAUGCUCUGUGGUUUGGGGAUGACGUAGACCAGCCCCCCCUCGCCGCGCAUUGAUGCACCUCCGCGUCACGCUCGCCUGCAGGAGUCUCUCCCGACUGCGGAACCUCCGCGUCCGUCUCGCCAGCGCCAUGGCCGCAUCCAGCACCGACACCGAGGAGCCACAGGGGGGCGCUGUCACCGCCGGCAUCAUCAUCAUAGGCGACGAGAUCCUGAAGGGUCACACCCAGGACACCAACUCCCUGUUCAUGUGCCGGCGCCUGCGAUCUCUGGGGGUGAGCGUGUGCCGCGUGUCCGUCGUGCCCGACGAGGCCCGGCUGAUCGCGGAGGAGAUCGCCAGCCUGGCGCCGCGCUACACCUACCUCCUGACCGCCGGGGGCAUCGGCCCCACCCACGACGACGUCACCUUCGAGGGCGCGGCCCUGGCCUUCCGCGAGCAGCUGAGACCCAACCCCGAGCUCGCCCGUCUGGUGGAGGCCCACUUCGGUACCUCGGACCCGGCCCGGCCGGAGAUGAAGCUGGCCCUGGUGCCGGAGUCGUCAGUGCUGAACUACGGGACGGACCGCAGGAGCGGGGAGCCCCUGAGGUACCCCCUGGUGAGCGUGCGCAACGUCUACCUGUUCCCUGGCAUCCCCUCCCUGCUGGAGUCAGCGCUGGAUGGGCUGCAGCACCUGUUCGCUGACCCCCGCACCUCCUUCCACACGCGGGCGGUGUUCGUGGACGCGGACGAGUUCUCCAUCGCGCCCGCGCUCAGCCGUGCCGACGCCCUCUUCCACCGCUGCGUCAGCCUGGGCUCCUACCCCGACUGGCUCAGCAACUACCACCGCGUGAAGCUCACCCUGGACUCGGACUCCCUGCCCCGGCUCGAGGAGGCGCUCCACUACCUGAUAGAGAACCUGCCCCCGGGCAGCGUGGUGCCCCUGGUGCAGGACCCCGUGGCCCGCGCCGCGGAGGAGGUGUACCGCCUGGCACACGCCGGAUCUCCACUCGGCCUGAAGGUGGCGUCGGCGCUGCGGACGAUUGAGGAGGCUCUGAACCAGUUCAGCCUGUCUGAGAUCUGCGUGGGGUUCAACGGGGGCAAAGACUGCACCGCCCUGCUGCACCUGUACCAUGCAGCGCUGCAGAGGAGGGCCCCGGACUGUAAGGAGAAGCUGCAGGCUCUGUACAUCCGAACCGUCUCUCCCUUCCCAGAGAUGGAGCGCUUCAUACAGGACACCAUCAAGAGGUAUGAUCUGCAGAUCUACACAGUGCAGGGCAGUAUUCGGGAGGCGCUCGGAGAUCUGCAAUCCCAGCAUCCUCAGCUGCAGGCCGUGCUCAUGGGGACGAGGAACACUGACCCUUACUCGCGAUCUCUGACCCCGCUGUGCCCGACUGACCCCGGCUGGCCAAAGUACAUGAGAGUCAACCCACUGCUGGUCAGUAAAGCAACACAGCAACCCUAA